UCCCAUGCCAAAGGUCUGGCGGGGCCUAACCCACAACAGCCUUCUCGAGAUCAUCCUAGUUUAUGCUCUCCCGGCCUAUUUAGUCUACAUUCGUCCAAGUUCUCUGUGCUUCAGAACCUCAACGCUCAACGCCUGAUUGGUGUUUUGCUCAACUGCUGCUCAAAAAAGGCGAGACCGAGGUUUUUUGUGCACCCUUCGACACCCAACCGACUUGGGUAUCUCUGA